UUUUGGUAUAUUAUCAACAACCCUAGAGAAAAGAAGAGAUACAAGAAGAAGAAGAAGUAGCCGAGACGGGAGAAUUUCGCGGAUGAUGGAGAAUAUAUAGAUAUAGAUAUAUCCUCCCCCGAUCUUUAUGACCAGUGACCAUGAAAAUGCCAACGAGAAAUUUGCGAAAAUCAAUGAUUAAAAGCCAGGCCAACAAGAGUGCAACAACAACAACAACAACAACAAGGCAUCAAAAUAAUAACAAAAAUUAUAAUAAUACUAUUAACCACUAAGUGAAACUCGAAGCUGGUAUCCGUUAUGCUGGAGUGCCCCUCGUUGGAUUAAUAAAAAUCGAAUCACCCCCCUGCCUCUCCCUCUUAACCUGCUGGUAUCCAAGUCUCCUCACUCUCUGCGGCCGAAAUGGACGGCCAGCGGGCCAGGGAUCUGCUGACACUGCUCCAGGAGCGUGUCGUCUUCCUUACGGGCGGCCGGGAUCGGAGGGGCGGGCCGCUGCUCUGCUUCCCGGCCACGCCUCGUCGGGAUCGCCUCAAGCCGGAGGAUCUGCGUCGGCUGCUCAGCUACCUGAUCAGCAUACCCAGCGACGCCGCCAAGAACCUCGGAUUCACAGUCAUUAUCGAUAUGCGCGGCAAUGGCAACUGCUCGACGAACGUUAAGACGAUACUGAAGGUGUUGCAGGAGCACUUCAGCGCCAACAUCCACAACGUGGUGAUCAUCAAGCCGGACAACUUCUGGCAGAAGCAGCGUGCCUCGAUCUCCUCGCACAAGUACAAGUUCGAGACGACCACCGUCUCCAUUGAAUCUCUCAACAAGAUCGCCGAGAGCCACCAGCUGACUGGCGACUUUGAGGGCCAGCAGCCGUACGAUCAUCAGCAGUGGACGGACGCCCGCCUGGCCAUCGAGGACUUCUUCUGGCAGGCCGGGGACAUGGCCGAUCGGAUUGACGAUCUGCAGGAGGAUCUCAAUCGGAACGACUUUGCCGAGGACGUCGCCCUGGCCAGGCACGCCAUCGAUCAUCACAACGAGAUGCGCAAGAAGAUCACCAAGCUGCCCAUCGAGGACCUCGACAUGCAGGGCAAGAAGCUCCUGGCCAAGAUAAACGCUGUAGCACCACCUGGAGGCCAGCCUCCUGCUGGCUCCGGUGGAUCGGACAUGGACUCGGGCACUUCCUCCGCUGGACAGCAGUCGCAGACCUCGCAGAACUCCCGGGCGGUCAGCAGCAAUCCGGAUAUGUCGGCGGCCGUCAACAAAGCCCUUCGGCAGAUCGACCUCAUCCACACGGGUCAGGAGAAGCUGCUGAUGCUCUGGCAGCACAAGAAGGUGAAGCUGGACCAGUGCUUCCAAUGGCGGCUGUUCGAGCAGGACUGCGAGAAAAUGUUCGACUGGAUCCUGCACAACCGGGACGUGUUUCAAAUGAGCUACGUGGAGAUCGGGCACAACUAUUCGGUGGCCAAGUCCCUGCAGGAUGAGCACCAGAAGUUCGCGGUGGCCUCCAUGAACGUCUCCGUGAAUAUAGAUCGGAUCUUGGCUGUGGCGGCUCGCCUCAUCGAGAGCCAGCACUAUGCAGCCCAGCACAUCAAGACGCUGGCCCAGAGAUUGGAUCGGACAUGGAAGGACUUUGCUGCGGGGCUGGAUGAGCGAACAGCUGUCCUGCAACUGAGCGUACUGUUCCACCACAAGGCGGAGCAGUACUGCAACAGUGUGGCCAGCUGGGCAGCCGCCUGCCAGGCCUCCCAGCCACUGCCCUCGGACAUCCAGAGCCUGGAAACGGCCAUUCGAACACAUCAGUCGCUGUACGAGGCCAUGUGCCAGGCCUACACCGAAGUGCACUCCACCAGCAAGAAGCUGCUCUACCAAUUGGAUCAUCUGGUGCAGGUCUGCAACCAGCCGCCGCCGCCCGGAGUGCCCGAUCAUCGGAAGAAUAGCAACGGCGGCAGCUUCAACAAGUACGAGCGACAGAAUCCGGCGGCUGAUUACAGCGAGGGUGCCAGUCAUGUCUUGGCUGUGAUUCAUCAGAUCCUGGGCCAUCAUCGCACGCUGGAGGCCAAGUGGCAUCAGGAGAGGAUUCGAUUGCAUCAAACCCUGGCCCUUCGGCUCUUCCAGGAGGAUGUGAAGCAGGUCCUGGAUUGGCUGAAGAAUCACGGCGAAGUGUUUCUGAGGAAAAACACUGGCAUCGGCAGGAACUUCCACAAGGCCAGAGUCUACCAGACCUCGCACGAUAACUUUGAGAAUGUGGCUCAAAAUACGUAUAGUAAUGCCCAAAAGCUACUGGCCGCGGCGGAUGAGCUGGCCAGGAGCGGCGAGGCGGAUCCCAAUGAGAUAUAUUCCGUGGCCCGGGAGUUGGAGCUCCAGGUGGGCAGCUUUGCGGAGAGAGUGGAGCAGCGAAGACGCCGCCUGGAGAUGGCUGUAAUAUUCUAUACCCACGAAAAGGAUGUGACCGCCUGGAUAGACAAACUGAGAACGGAUGUUAGUGCGGAUGAGACGCGACUUUCGCAGGAGAAUCUCGAGGGAAUCGAACGGAUUAUACAGCAGUAUCAGCGGGAUCAGCAGGAGAGCGUGGUCAACGUCUGCAUGAUUACCAUUACCCAGGGCGAGGCUCUGUUGCAGGAAAUGCGCUCCCUGGAGUAUCAGGACAAUACGGGCUCCAUAGCUGCUCUGGAGGCCACUCUCGAAAAGUUGAGCAAACAAAAGGUGGAGCUUGAGGAGCUGUGGUCCGCUCGCAGGUUCCGCGCCGAUCUCAUUCUCCGUUUGCGCUACUUCGAGCGGGAUGCCAUGGAGCUAUCCUCACAGCUCGAGAUUUGGUCCGAGGAUCUGCAGCAUGCUGAUCUGUCCAGGGACUACCAGAAGGCGGAGCAACUGCUUCGCAUGCACAACGAAUCGGUGACGGACAUGCAGAACGCCACCUACGAGAUUCUGCAACAGGGUCAAGAGCUACUGCAGCACUUUGAGAACGCUGGCUUCAUCUCCAUGGCGGAUUCCACGCACACGGCUCCGGCUAGGAUUGAGUAUCUGCUGGACUUUUUGCGGGAACGGGAAAUCGAUCUGGAGGAGUUAUCGGAGGCGAAGCGGGCUAAAUUAGAGCAAGCAGUGCAGCUGUGUCAAUUCCAGAACGAUGCCAAUCAAGUCAUCUCGUGGAUCCGCAAUGGAGAGGCCAUGCUGGUAGCCAGCUUUGUGACCCCCAACAGUUUGCAGGAAGCCGAGCAGCUGCGCAAGGGUCACGAACAGUUUCAGAUUGCUAUUGAGAAGACGCAUACAUCGGCGGUGCAGGUGAAGUACCGUGCUGAUGCUCUCAUCAACGCCAAGCACUACGACCCGCAAUCCAUUCGCGAGAUCAGCGAUGACGUUACCAAGAAGUGGCAGCAGCUGGUGACUUAUGCGGAGGAGCGCCACAAACUGGUCACCGCCUCGAUUAACUUCUACAAAACCGCCGAGCAGGUCUGCUCAGUGCUGGACAGCUUGGAGCGGGAGUACAAGCGCGAGGACGACUGGUGCGGUGGUGGUGGUGGUAGCGAUAAGGCCAUGCUAAUCCAACUAAUCUCGAAGCAUCAGGAGCAAAAGGAGGCGUUCCUGAAGGCCUGUACUUUGGCGCGCCGCACCGCGGAGACUUUCCUGAAGUACGCCAACCGAUCCCAGCAGUGCUACCAGUACAAGGGCAAUUGCGAGGCGCACGUGAAGAGCAAGCUGGACAAGCUACUGACCCAGGAGAAUCAGGUCCUGGACUACUGGACGCUGCGCAAGAAGUCCCUAGACCAAUGCCAGCAGUUCGUUCUCUUCGAGAGGAGUGCCAAAAAUGCUAUCGAAUGGAUCCACAACACCGGAGAGGCGUACCUCUCCUCGAGAUCGAAUUUGGUGGGAAUCAGCAAGGAGGAAACCGAGGGCCUGCUCAAGGAGCACAAUGAGUUCCGCAGCACUGCCAAGGAGACGAGGGAACGGGUGAAGCUUCUCAUCCAACUGGCCGACAGUUUGGUCGAGAAGGGCCAUGCCCAUGCCAGUGAUAUUAAGCAAUGGGUGGCAUCGGUGGAUCAGCGGUACAAGGACUUUAGCAACCGCAUGGACAGCUACUGCGAGCAGCUGGAGAAGUCACUGGGAAUGUCCCAGCAGCAAUUACUUUUGGGCUCGGACGCCAAUAUCUCCAUCAGUUCCUCCUCGGGCGUCAGCAGCAUCGAUCGGCACUCGGAUCCGACGCUGGAGGCCAAGCUGAACAGCAGCAGCAAGGAGAACAAGGAGAUCAACGAGGAGAAGCGAAAGUCGGCUAGGAGGAAAGAGUUCAUCAUGGCCGAGCUGAUGCAAACGGAGAGGGCGUACGUGAACGAUCUGGCCACGUGCAUCAAGUGUUUCCUGGAGGAAUUCCGGGGCGGACGAAAUGUGCCGCCCGCUCUCGUCGGCCAGGAAGAUGUGAUCUUUGGUAAUAUUAGGGAAAUCCAUCAUUUCCAUCAGAAGAUUUUCCUGAAGGAACUAGAAAAGUACGAAACAAUGCCCGAGGAUGUGGGCCAUUGCUUCGUAACCUGGGCCUCCAAGUUCGAUAUGUAUGUACACUACUGCAAGAACAAGACGACAUCGAAUAACCUGCUCGUCCAGCACGCGGGCAGUUACUUUGAGGAGCUGCAGCGCCGCCUGGAGGUUGAGCACCCUCUGCCCGCGUAUCUGAUCAAGCCCGUGCAGAGGAUCACCAAAUACCAGCUGUUACUUAAGGAUCUCCUCUCCUGCUGCGAGGAGAGCCAUGGCGAGAUCAAGGAGGGCCUCGAAGUGAUGCUCAAUGUCCCCAAGAAGGCCAACGAUGCCAUGCAUCUGUCGCUGUUGGAGAACUGUGAUGUGUCGGUGGAUAAGCUGGGCGAGGUGGUCCUCCAGGAUGCCUUCCAGGCCUGGGACACCAAGCAGAUCAUUCGCAAGGGCCGCGAGCGCCGUGUCUUCUUGUUCGAAUUGUAUCUGCUCUUCGCCAAGGAGGUCAAGGAGUCCAGUGUGGUGAAGUACCAGUUCAAGAGCAAGCUCAUGACCACGGACAUGGGCAUCACGGAGCACAUCGAGGGCGAUGAGACCAAGUUUGCCGUUUGGACAGGUCGCUCGCCCAUGCUCUCCGACUGCAGGAUAGUUCUAAAGGCCACUAGCCUGGAGACCAAGCAGAUCUGGGUGAAGAAGUUGCGCGAAGUGAUGCAGGAAACCUGCUUCUCGGGCACUUCCCUGACUCUGCCAAAGUCUCCGGCCAAGCACUCUGGCUCCUCGCAACGAUCCUCCCGGGAUCUGGAUGAACAGCUGACUGAAAAUGAUCACGACCGCUGCUCCCUGGCCAGUUUUGGAUCGGGUAAUACCACAGAUAGUGAUAAUAAGUUGGGCAACCAGGAGGCCACCUGGGUGGUGGCAGACUACAUCGCCAGUCCUGGCAGCAAUGAGCUGAGCGUGACCAAGGGCCAGCAGGUGGAGAUUAUCGAGCCGCCCACCGCCGGCGAGCCGGACUUCUGCCUAGUGCGCCUGAAUCCUCAGAACGACGAUGCUGCCGUGCAGGAGGGCCUAGUCCCUGUCUCAGUGCUCAAACCGCCGCCGGGCUCACACAAACACGGUUCCGGAUCCGGAACGGGUGCAGCCGGAGCACCAGGCUCACAGAAAUCCGACAUGCAGGACCAGGGAAACCGCAGCAAGACGGAUGCUCUUUCCUCGUCCACCAAACGUCGGGGAUUCAGCGGUCGCAACUGGCUGCCGAUGAUGAACCGCAAGGGCGAGAAGCCGCCGAGCAACAAGCAGCUCGUGAAGAAGCCCUCCGAGAAGAACAUGAAACCAACCCCAAAGCACGCCGAAGAGCUGGCCGAGCAGCAGCAGCAACAGCCAGGUGGCAGUCCCGCCACAGUGGUAUCAUCGUCCCAAUUCCCCAGCACUGCCACUCAGCCGGGUGGGGACUUUGAGCCGGACGAGGAGGCCGGACUGGAGCUGCCGCCGCCCAUGAAGCCCAUCCAGGAGCCGCACCUGAUUGCCAACGGACCGCCCGCAUUUAACAAGGAUGCUAAGGAGAGCUCAGCCAAUUUGGCCAGCCCCGGCAAAAUGGAUGGCAUAUCGGAAAUUGAACAAAUUGUCAGGGAGAGGACGGAACAGCACGAGUGCAAUAGUCGAGUGGAUGGCAGUGUAGGAGCCGAGAAUGCCAGCACCAAUGGCCAUGGACGCUCCCACGACAACAAUGAAGAGGGUCACGGUAGUGUGCCAGACAAGAGUAGUGCCCUGAAGAAGCGGCAGUGCGUCUUGGUGGAACUGGUCUCCACGGAGGAGUCUUAUGUGCAGGAUCUGAAUGACAUUGUCAAUGGCUACAUGACAGAGAUCAACAACCCGAACAGUGAUAUCCCCAUGCCCGAGGGACUGAAGGGCGGCAAAAUGAAAUUGGUCUUCAACAACAUCAAAGACAUCUACGAGUGGCACAGGGACUACUUCUUGAGGGCCCUGCGAAACUGCCAAAAAUCACCUGCAGAUCUGGGACCGCUCAUCAAGCGCUCGGCCCCGAAAUUCUCUUUGUACUACACCUACUGCAGCAACAAGCCCCUCUCCGAGUACAUAGUCAGCGACAACAAUGAUUACUUCGAUAGCAUACGCCAAAAGCUGGGACAUCGCAUGUGUUUGAGCGAUCUGAUCAUCAAGCCAGUGCAGCGCAUUACCAAAUACGAACUGCUCAUCAAGGAGAUCAUCAAGGCCACCGAAGGAGCGGGUCUAUACAAGGAGGUGCCCAUGCUCCAGGAGGCCUACCAGCAGAUGAAGGUGGUGGUGAAGGCCGUCAAUGACAUGAUGGUGGUGCUGCGCAGCCUGCAGGACUUUGAGGGUGAGAUCACCGCCCAGGGCAAUCUGUUGAUGCAAGGACCUAUGAGCUGUGUGGUGGAUGCGGGACAGAAGCAGCGCGAGUUGCAGAUGUUCCUCUUCCAGCAGAUCAUUAUCUUUGCGGACAUUGAAAAGGCAAAGAAUCAGUACUCCAGUCCCACAUACAAAUACCGCUCGCAUAUACAGCUCAAUCACAUGCAAAUGAAGGAACUGGGCGACUGCCGCUUCCAAAUCAAAUCAACUGACCCCAAUAAGAUACCAGAGGUCACAAUGAUAUGCAAGGCGGCGACACAGGAGAGCUAUGCCGGAUGGCGGGACAUGCUGAACAAGAUCCUGCAGCAGCAGAACGACCUGAUCUUCAUGCUCUCCAAUCCGCUGUCAACCAAAAACAAGUAAUUGUGUGUCGAUGGAAAGCAGCAUGUUAGCUAAAUGCUAGACUCCAAGCAAAUUAAUAAGCUUUUGGGCUAAAACAAAACAAACGGAAGUAGGAGAAAAUGAUAUUGUAAUGUGUUUUUGGGCAAAAGGUUUUAAUACCACCCGCCACCCCGAAGUGAGCAUUUUGCCUCGCACUUGUUUUUCGUCUGUGCGUCUGUUUACUGUUAGUUUUGCUCACACCCACCCAAACACACACACCACACACCACACCAUACCAUACCACACCACACCACAUACUCAAUCCUAAGUUGUAUGUAACUUGUAAUUUAUUUAUUUUUUCUCAUCUGCGUUCAGAGAAUACCUUUUAGUGACUAGUUUGAGCCGUCUUUCUGUUCUAUAUUUAUUCCGUUUCGUUACCAUUUCCGGAUUUGUGUAUAUGAAACGCAAAGUAUUAUAUGCUCAAGAAUACCUUUUAUAUAUUGUGUGCAUUUUUACCAUAAUUUAGACUCUUUUUGCUCUUACAUUUUGUACUUUACCGCCUCGGAAUUAUUUAUAUUUAUAAACCGGCAGUCGAGAGCACUACACGAGAACACUCAGAAUCAAAAGCAAUUUAUAAUUUCGUUUCGUAUUCGUUCGUAUUCGCAUUAAACGCAGAUAGCGAAGCUGAGUAAGAGUAUAACUAUUUUACGCGUAUACUGUACUUUUAGUUUUAGUUCGGUACCUAGAUUUAGUUUUAACUGCUAAAUGUUAAUCAUAAUUUAAACGUAACCUUAUUUGCUUUAGUGAGAACUGAAGCAGAGAUUCGUGUAAGCAAACGUCGUGAAAUAAUUUAAGCGUAACUUUAGUUUAAGAAUGCAAUGCAAAUCGUUUUGUACUUUAUGUUUUACAAAUAAAAUAUGUAAGCUUUAAACGUAAUCAAAACAAGAAACAGUAAAGUUGUACCAGUCUGAGUUUUUACUUUAUUUUUUAGUUUUUAUACAGAUUUAAAAAAUAGACAUCAUCUGGCUCAGUUACAUAUAUACUUUAAUCUUGGUUUCAAAUAUUCUGAUUUUCAGUUUCUUUUUUUGGAACAAAACACAAAACAUUAGCGAGUAAGCAGUCAUCAAAAAAUGCAACUCUUAUACCUUAACAAUACCACUUAAGUGAAUCCAAAAAUGUAUAUCCAAAAGCGAUUUUUCGAAGCGUA